AUGGUGCGGCGGCCGGACGGCGGGCCGGCGAGGUGGUUCUCGCCGCUGGAGUGCGGCGGCGACGAUGGACGGCGCCUGCCCGGCGCUCCCACGAUGCUCUACUUGCCCGGAAUUGAUGGAGUUGGUUUAGGACUGAUCCGGCACCAUGAGAGAUUAGCAAAGAUGUUCGAUAUGUGGUGCUUACAUAUACCUGUUGAAGAUCGUACGUCCUUUGAAGGACUGGUUGAGUAUGUGGAGAGGGCAGUGAAAUCAGAGGGCCAGAGAGCAAGAGAGAAACCAGUCUAUCUUGUUGGAGAAUCUGUUGGAGCAUGCAUUGCUCUUGCUGUGGCAGCGCGAAAUCCAGAUAUCGAUUUGGUAUUGAUCCUAGUCAACCCAGGAACAUCUUUCCAGAAGUCCCAGCUGCAGUCUCUCUCAGCCUUCUUGGAUUUGGUCCCUGAACCAUUCCAUUUAACCACACCGCAGAUGCUGAAUUUCCUGACAGGCAACUUUAUGAAGAUGCCAUCGACUAUUGUUGGGCGUGGUUUUUCCUUUCAAGAAGCUGGCCAAGCAUUAUCAGAGAUAACCACUAGUCUACUGCCUUCUCUUACGUCUUUGCCUGAUGUUUUCCCAAAGGAAUCUAUUGUUUGGAAGUUGAAAAUGCUGAGAACAGCGUCAUCAUUCGCCAAUUCCCGUUUGCAUGCAGUAAAAGCGCAGACGUUGGUGCUUGCUAGUUGGAAUGAUGAACUGCUGCCAAGCCGAGAAGAAGCUGAAAGGCUGCGUGACACUUUGGAGAAAUGUAGGAUCCGUAAUUUCAAAGACAACGGUCACAAAAUAUUGCUGGAAGCUGAAUUCGAUCUGGCAACAGCCAUCAAGGGAGCUGGGUACUAUCGCCGCUCCUUGCAGACCGACUUUGUUUCGGACUAUCUGCCACUGACCCCUGAUGAGUUUCAGAAGGCUACUGAUCACAUCAGGAUGUUGCAGUAUAUAGCAAACCCAGUGAUGCUAUCAACACUGCCUGAUGGAAAGAUAGUGAGGGGUUUGUCAGGCCUACCCAAGCAGGGUCCUGCUGUGCUUGUUGGGUACCACAUGCUGAUGGGGUUUGAGCUUGGACCUCUGGUGACUGGAGUGCUGAGCAGCACUGGAAUCCAUAUCAGAGGCUUGGCUCAUCCCUUCAUGUUUGACAAGAACAAGGAGAACAUGAUGCCGGAUCCAUCCUACUACGACAUGCAUCGGAUCAUGGGCGCUGUGCCCGUCACCGCAGCCAAUUUUUACAAGCUUCUUGCAGAGGAGAACUUCGUAUUGCUGUACCCGGGAGGCGCACGAGAAGCGCUUCAUAGAAAGGGAGAGGAAUAUAAGUUGUUUUGGCCGGAGCAGUCUGAAUUUGUGAGGAUGGCAUCAAGGUUUGGAGCAACAAUAAUACCAUUUGGAGUAGUUGGAGAGGAUGAUAUAUGUGAUAUGUUGUUAGACUAUGAUGAUCUUAUGAAGAUUCCAUUCUAUGACAUCCUUGACAAUAUGCUAAAUGGAGAUGGUGUGAAGCUAAGGACCAAUUCAACCGGAGAGUUAAAAGAUCAAGCAAUCCAUCCAGUUGUGGUUGCCCCAAAGAUACCAGGGAGGUUUUACUUCAUCUUUGGGAAGCCUAUUGAAACAAGAGGGAGAGAGAAGGAACUAAGAGACAAAGAGAACGCCCAACAACUAUAUCUGAAUGUUAAGUCUGAAGUAGAGAGCUGCAUGAAGUAUCUACAGGACAAAAGAGAGAAAGACCCUUACAGGAGUAUAGUGCCCAGGCUUCUCUAUCAGAUGGUUCACGGUGUUGAUGCAGAAGUUCCCACAUUUGAACCCUGAAAACUGAUAUGUUCUCUUGCAGAAUUAGAUAGGAGUAGAUUUGAAUCAAUUGUUUAUAUUGUUCCAUGCAUUUUUGUUUCACAUAGGUAUCUGUUUGUUCUCAACAAUUCGGUUUGUCAAUUUGACGGCAAUAUUCAGACCAUAGAGGUCAAUAAAAUUCAGUUUA